AUGGCAAAAACACUAAAGGAUCUCCAAGGCUGGGAGAUCAUAACAACUGAUGAGCAAGGGAAUAUAAUCGAUGGAGGCCAGAAAAGAUCCCGCCGAAGGGGUGCUCGAACUGAAAAUUUCCUAAAGAGAAUUUCUGAUGGAACCAAAAUUGGCCGUGGUGAUAGUGUUGUUAUGCAUAAUGAGGCAGCAGGGACAUACUCUGUUUAUAUGAUCCAGGAGUUAAGGCUUAAUACAUUGAAUAACGUAGUCGAAUUGUGGGCUCUCACCUAUUUGAGAUGGUUCGAAGUCAACCCAUUAGCUCAUUACAGACAAUUUAAUCCUGUUGUCAACAUACUAAAUCGUCCCCUGAGCUACUAUAACAAGAAGUUUUCUGAAAGUGCAAAUAAAAAUGAACUAUAUUUAACUGCGGAAUUAGCCGAAUUGCAGCUUUCAAAUUUUAUCAGGGUUGCCCAUAUCGUAGAUGAGACUAAAUGGAAUGAAAUGAAGGAUGGUAUCGAUACAGAAAAAGACUUUAUGGUUCGUUAUAUCUGUGAGCCGACCGGUGAUAAGUUUGUAAAUAUUAAUAUCGAGGAUAUUAACGCUUAUGUAAAUAAGCUGGAACCGAAGGAGGCCCAAGAGUAUUUGAAAGACCUGACAUUGCCAUCGAAAAGAAGAGAAACCAAGACAGGGUCACCAAGAAGAAAGAAAAGCAAAACUUCUCGAGCUGCUCAAAACUCAGAUGAUCAAACAGGGGAAGCAAAUACAAAUGAUAAAGAUAAUAGCGAUAAUGAUAAAGAACUUUCUGAUAAUCAAAGUUCGUCGGAUAAAGAGGAUAAUGUUCAGAGUAAUGAAGAUAUGAGUAGCUAUGAGGUAUCAGCGGACGAACUUGAAGAAGAGGAAGAGGAAGAGGAGGAAGGGGAGGAAGAAGAGGAGGAGGAAGAUGAAGAAGAAGAAGGGAAUUCUCGUAGGAAGUCAUCAAGGCAAAGUAAGGUAAAGUUAAUCGACGAUGAUGCGGACGUUUUGGCACAACAAGCGCCGAAAAAGAGAGGCCGUAAACCUAAGGAUCCCAACAAGCCACGUCAAAUGUUACUGAUAUCUUCGUGCCGUGCGAAUAACACUCCAGUGAUUAGGAAAUUCACAAAAAAAAAUGUCGCUAGAGCUAAAAAAAAGUAUACCCCCUUUUCGAAAAGAUUCAAAUCUAUUGCAGCGAUUCCUGAUUUAACCACACUACCGGAAUUUUAUGAAAGCUCAUCAAAAUUAACAGCAUCGAGCUUUGAAAAUAAAUUAAAAACUACCCAAAAACAUCAAAUUGUGGAGACAAUUUUUUCCAAAGUCAAGAAACAGUUAAACUCCUCGUAUGUCAAAGAAAAAAUAUUAGAAUCGACAAAUUUCCAAGAUUACUUGCCAGCUAGGGAAAAUGAAUUUGCCUCCAUUUAUUUAAGUGCAUACAGCGCAAUUGAAUCCGACUCUGCUACCACUAUAUAUGUAGCUGGUACCCCCGGUGUGGGCAAAACUUUGACCGUAAGGGAGGUUGUGAAAGAGUUGAUUUCGUCCUCUGCACAACAAGAAUUACCGGACUUUCUUUAUGWGGAGAUAAAUGGAUUAAAAAUGGUAAAGCCUACAGAUUGUUACGAAACUUUAUGGAACAAAGUCUCUGGUGAAAGGUUGACAUGGGCGGCAUCAAUGGAAUCAUUAGAAUUUUAUUUCAAAAGGGUACCCAAGGAUAAGAAAAAAACGAUCGUGGUCUUAUUGGAUGAGCUUGAUGCAAUGGUGACAAAAUCCCAAGAUAUUAUGUAUAAUUUCUUCAAUUGGACUACUUACGAAAACGCUAAGCUUAUUGUGGUCGCAGUGGCUAAUACAAUGGAUUUACCUGAACGUCAGCUAGGUAAUAAGGUUACAUCGAGAAUUGGAUUCACCAGAAUUAUGUUCACUGGGUAUACUCACGAAGAGUUAAAGAAUAUUAUUGAUUUAAGGCUUAAGGGACUAAACGAUUCAUUUUUUUAUGUCGAUAUAAAGACUGGUAAUGCAAUAUUAAUGGAUUCAGUCGGCAAUGACGCCACAGUAGAACAAACAUUACCUGAAAAUGUAAAAAAAAUUCGUUUAAGAAUGAGUCCCGAUGCCAUUGAAAUCGCUUCGAGAAAAGUAGCAAGUGUCAGCGGUGACGCAAGAAGAGCCCUAAAAGUUUGUAAGAGGGCAGCGGAAAUCGCAGAAAAACAUUACAUGGCUAAACAUGGUUACGGUUACGAUGGUAAAAUGGUUGUUGAGGAUGAAGAUUAUAGUCAAAUGCAUGAUGGUGAAGACGAAGAUCUUGUCGCAAACGACAAAGCCAACAAAGAUGAUGACGAUGAAGACGACGAUGAAGUUCAGACAGUUCACAUAACGCACGUCAUGAAAGCUUUGAACGAGACAUUGAACUCUCAUGCGAUUACAUUUAUGACAAGACUCUCAUUCACGGCAAAGCUAUUUAUUUACGCAUUACUAAACUUGAUGAAAAAAAAUGGAUCCCAAGAACAAGAGCUGGGUGACAUUGUCGAUGAGAUCAAGCUACUUAUUGAAGUUAAUGGUAACAACAAGUUUGUUCUGGAAAUAACAAAAACGCUGUUCCAACAGGGAAGUGAAAAUAUAUCUGAACAACUGAGAAUUAUAUCAUGGGAUUUCAUUCUCAAUCAACUGCUUGACGCAGGCAUCUUGUUCAAACAAACCAUGCAGAACGAUAGAAUAUGUUGUGUUAAGCUGAACAUAUCAGUAGAAGAAGCGAAGAGAGCCAUGAAGGAAGAUGAGACUUUGAGAAGUUUAUAG